AUGGUUGAGCCCAAGCCACGCCAGCGAAAAUUCGCCCCACGUUCCCGGACAGGAUGCUUGACCUGCCGGGCCCGGCGGAAACGCUGCGAUAACCGGCGUCCGCAAUGCGAGAAUUGCACACGACUGAACCUCUCUUGCGAGUGGCAGGCGCAGCGAAGACUCAUCCAGGAUGCUGCCUCCAACUCGAGUUCGAGUUCGAGUCCUGAGAGCGAGGUUGUCGAGAGCUUGCCGCCCUCGCUCGGUUGCUGGGAUAUGCUCCCCGGCGAAGCUGGAGCUGAACGGCAGCAUCUGCUGCAGUACUACAUUGAGAAAUUUGUGCCCAGCGUGUCAGUAGCGACAACACCGACCAGUUUUUACACUUCACUCUACAUGCCAUGGGCCUUUCAAAUCGAUGGUAUGCUGGACGCCAUUCUUGCUUUGUCGUCAGCCCAGCUCGCACGGCGCACCGACGAUAAGGAUCGCGAGGAACAUCUUCGAGCUGUGUCUCUGCGCCAUCAACGAAAAUGCAGUGGGUUCAUCAAGGAUCGCCUGUCGCCCACGGGCCAGCCGCUACGGGACACUUACCAGGUUAUUGCCAUCAUCCUGCUCCUGGUGGGACUGGAAGCCCUGAAGGGCAACAAGAGCACCACGUGGAUCCAGCAGCUCAAGUGCGUACGCAAGAUACUGGACACGUUGUCUCCGGAGCAGAGUAUUGUCGAUUGUAUCGAGGUCGACUCCUUGCAUCGACACUUCACUUAUCAUUAUGCAAUGGCCUCGGUCAUGUCACAAGUCUCAGCAGCCCCCCCAGGGCCUCCUUACGAACACGACCUGCUACCCAUGUGCAAUCUGGCCAUGCCUUUGACGAUCGACCCGCUGAUGGGUAUCGCGUACCAGCUGUGCGAUCUCAUCAGCAAAAUACAAUACGUCGUCAACCCGGAUCCAGCUUUCCCGCAGCUAACCGAGGCAACGUUCAACGCGAUCGAAAACGGUAUUCAGACCUGGACUUACGAAAGCCCGUUUUCUUCAGGGGUGGAUCUUCCGGUUGCCCUCGACUUGAUAGCGCUGGCUGAAUCGUACCGACUUGCCGCGCUGAUCCAGCUUUACCGCAAUUCAAAAGCACAUAUAGGACUCGUUCCAGAUUGUGCUUCCCGUGCUAUGGAGUUUAUCGUAAGAAUUCCGGCCGGUAGCCCUGCAGAGUCAAGUUUGCUCUACCCCAUUUUCAUGGCUGGCGCUGAGCUAGAUGACGACGUAGCUAUCGAAAAGUGCACGAAGAGGUUAAAGGACAUUUCCGAGCGCAACAGAUACGAGAACAUCGACAGUGUCCAAAAGGUGCUCAAGGAAGUUUGGCGACCAAAGCUGGAGGGUGGGACACGAAGAUGCUGGGAAGACGUACUGCGGGAGUGGAAUUGGUCAUUUACGCUUGGAUGA